UUAUCUUAUUCUCUCUUUCCUCAUUGCCAUUUGUUGUAUUUCUCUAUAAUCAGGGUCCCAAAAAUCUCCACCCACUCACUCACUCACUCACUCACUCACUCUCUCUCUCUCUCUCUCUCUACAUAUAUAAAACAUCUUCGUUGCAGAAAGUAUGUUGAGGUUGAAGAUUGGAUUAAGCAGAAGAAGCAUCUCCAUAUCAAGAGCUUUUCUCAACAGGCAAUUCUCUACCCAGAAUCAGAGAGCCAGCAAACUAGAAGGUAAGGUAGCGCUGAUCACUGGAGCAGCAAGCGGCAUUGGAAAAGAAACUGCCACCAAGUUUGUUAACAACGGUGCCAAAGUUGUGAUUGCUGACAUCCAACCCCAGCUUGGCCAAGACACUGCCACACAACUCGGACCAAACGCCUCCUUCAUCGCCUGCGAUGUCAGCAAAGAAUCCGGCAUCUCCAAAGCAGUGGAUUACACUGUCUCGACACACGGCCAACUUGACAUCAUGUACAACAAUGUCGGGAUAGCAUGCCAUACUCCCCUGAGCAUAGUUGAUCUCGACCUUGCCCAGUUUGACCGAGUCAUGGCAAUCAACGUUCGUGGCAUUGUCACAGGGAUGAAGCACGCAUCGCGAGUGAUGAUCCCUCGUAAAACAGGUUCAAUUCUCUGCACUGCAAGUAUUACAGGAAUAAUGGGUGGCCUAUCACAGCACACUUACUCGAUUUCCAAGUUCACUGUAGUAGGCAUUGUCAAGUCUGUUGCAUCGGAGUUGUGCAGGCAUGGCAUUCGGGUCAAUUGUAUAUCGCCUUUUGCUAUUCCGACAUCCUUUGUAAUGGAUGAACUGAGGGAGUUCUUUGCAGGGGUCGAUGAUCAGCGGCUCAUUGAUAUGAUACAUAAUUCCGGUGAAUUACAGGGAACAUAUUGUGAACUUGGUGACAUAGCCAAUGCUGCGGUUUACCUGGCGUCCGAUGAUGCCAAGUAUGUCAGUGGCCAUAAUCUGGUGGUGGAUGGGGGUUUUACAUCAAUGAAGAGAUUGGGGCUUCCUGCACCAGAUCAGGUGCAUUGAAAGUGUAAAAUAUUGCUUCUGAGAAUAUUUUAGAAUUUGGCAGAUAAUUAAUUGUAUAAGCUUGAACUCACAUUUUUCGUAUGCUAAAAAGUCAUUUGUCUAAAGACAGAAUUAGUAUGCCAGAAUUUUAGAAGAUGAAAAUGAUUUUUAAUUGAAA